AAAAAAACAAGAGAUUAUGGUAAGAGAUGGCGGCCAAACAAAAUGAAACACAUCCAGUAAUAAGAUGGCGGUCAUACAGAGACACCAAUUGCUGCUGCUGCUGCUGCUGGUAGUGGACCUAGUGGUAGAGGUGGAAGCCAAAGAUGUUAUUUCAUCAGUGUGGGAUGGUGACGACGAUGACUACGAUGAUGGUGCCCACUUCUCCGGCCUACCAGAGAAAUUCCUUUGUCCCUCUCUCCUUCCCAAAGCCCAAACCUUCUUCUACAUCACCCUUCGUUUCUCCCACUGUCUGUCUCUCUCCCGGGUUCGAUCAGCUCCCUGAAAUCGCCCACAACAAGGUUCUGAUAGCAGCAGGGAUUUCGGCGGCAAUAGGGCAGCUCUCGAAGCCCUUUACUUCCUCUCUUCUCUACAGCCGCAAAUUCGAUCUUGGUUCCGCCAUUCAACCAGGGGGAUUUCCUUCUACCCAUUCAUCUGCGGUUGUGGCCGCUGCAACGUCGCUCGCUCUUGAAAGGGGUUUUUCUGACUCAAUCUUUGGUAUGGCUGUUGUUUUUGCUUCCCUUGUCAUGUAUGACGCUCAGGGAGUGAGAAGGGAAGUGGGCAAUCAUGCAAAAACCAUAAACAUGACACUUUCCAAGACACGGUUUCAUUGUAAUGAUGGAGAUGAUAUGUCAACCACUCAACCGGGAAAACCAUCAUCAAAUAUAGAGACUUCUCCUGCACCCAAACGAACAAAUGCCACUCUAUUAGCUAGAUCACCCAACAGGCUGAGACAAACCAGUUCAACUCUGAUGUCUUCUGGCUUAGAUACUGAUGCUGAAGAAGGAUCAAAGAAAGUUAUCAAUCCAUUGAAAGAAACAGUCGGCCACACUGAGGUUGAAGUCCUAGCAGGCGCCUUACUAGGUUUCUUUGUCAGCCUGGCAGUGCAGACCAUGCUAUGAUGUCCAUCCAUUUUCUUUUGAUCAAUUCAUUUCAAACUUUAUUUGUUGACAUCUACCUAAGUUUUUGACACCCUUUUGAGUCGUGUCACAUAAGGAAAUAAGGUCAGAUUUAGGCCUAGAAGCGUCCAACAAGUCUGUUCCAAACUUUUGGCUUUGUUCAGAGUUACUGAGAUGAACAAAUCCCAAUUUAUAGAAUUGUUUUUAAUUUAAGAUGCAAUGGUGACUUGAAUCUUUUGAAAUGAGCUAGGGCAAACAACAGGCUGUUGCCAAGUGAUACUGGUGCAUGGAUCACACCUAGCACAAGGGUAUUGCAUGGCUGCCACGUGCAGUCACUAAAAGAAACCGCCUUCCAGGUCCUGCAACUAUAAAAUAGUUGCAAGCAGGAGGUAAAUGGGGUAAAGGCAAAACUGAGGAAAACUGAGGAAAGCUGAGAGGUAUGUCUGGGGCACAGGGCGCACAGCCAAAGGAGGCAUAUACAGCAACCACAUAUGAGUCAGUGGGAGGAGAAGAGAACAAGACGAAGUUGGAUUUGCGGUCCAGGGAAGAUGAAGGGGGCAUAAAGGUAGAUAAAUUUCAGGACAAGGUGGAGGAUGCUGCUGGCAAAGGCGGGCCUGUUUUUGGUGCCGCUGCCCAACAAGAAGAAGAAGAAGGUGGUGACAAGCCAGAUUUGGGUGUUACCGGCACGGCUUAGUCUCUUGUAUUUUUUCCCCUUUUGACAUGGCUGUGGCUUAUGCUUAUGUCUAGGUGUGUAUGAAUGUACAAAUACUAAAAAUAAUGGAAUAAUAAUUACCUAAAAGUUGGCGGUUCCAGUAGAAAAA